AUGGCCGACAUCACCGACCAACACGAUCAAGGUUCGCCUUCAACACUCGAUGAGCAUGCGGUGGGCAAUGGGAACUCGCUCGCAGGUGGUGAUACUCGGGGCAUCAAGCGCCAAAGGCCUUCGACCGCGGACGACGACGACGAUGAUGACGAUAAGCCCGGACGCGAGCGCAGGAAGAUCGAGAUCAAGCAUCAUGAAAAAGGCGCAUACGAAUUGUCCGUCCUCACUGGUACCCAAGUGCUCCUACUCGUCGUUUCUGAGACCGGCUUGGUCUAUACCUUCACGACACCAAAGCUCCAGCCUUUAGUAACCAAAGCGGAAGGCAAAAAUUUGAUUCAGGCAUGCUUGAAUGCUCCCGAACCCGCCGGGAACGGCGAGAAUGGGGUUGACGAUCAGAACACCGUCGAUUCCCCAGAAGAUACUUCACCACAGCAACAUCUUCCACCGCAACAGCCCCGAACCGCCAUGCCACAACAACACGCGCAGAUGAAUCCUAAUUACAUGACGGCUUCGAUGGAUCAACAACAACAAGCCAUAGCAUAUCAAAACUAUGUCCAGCAACAACAACGAGGGGGUGGAUAUGCUAUGCCACCACAGACUGGCAUGCCACAACAACAUUCCCAUCAAGCAUAA